UACUGGUCUUCUUCUGCUUGGGUGAAGAGCUACAAGCCUGAAGUGGGACGGGCAAAUAGGAGAAACUUCGCCCCCGUCCCGUUCUCCACUUUUAAUGAGCGCUGCGCUCAGGCAGGAGAGAAACUCCAGGUGGAAGAGCGCUCGCACACGCGUCAAACUGCUUUUCAAUGAAAGAGUAAGGAUUCGGGAAACCUGCGCUGGGAAUCACCCUUUAAACCUCGGAGGAUUAUUAUACCUAAUCAGGUUAUACAAGAACGUCUGGCUAACGUGCUGCAACACAGCUGUCCAUCAUGAUCAGAGCAUCACUCACUGCCAUCUGCCUUGCGCUCCUCCUGUCGUACCAAUGCUGGGCCAAGCCUAACGGACCAAAGAAUAAGAAACCAAAGCAAGUGAUUCCAGCAAUAGAGUGUGAUGUCAGAGCAGGAAAGGUCAGUCUCCCAGAGUUCAUAGUAAAAUGUCCCCCACGCUGUAGGGAAACCAAACAGCAAGUCUAUGGGACAGGAGUGUUUGCCUCCAUCUCCAGCAUCUGCAAUGCAGCCAUCCACAGCGGCGUAAUCACCAACUCAGGAGGAAAGGUGAUAGUGAGGAAGAUGGCUGGACAGAAUGUCUACAAAGGCAGCAACUCCAACGGGGUGCGCUCUCUGUCUCUGCCUAAGUGGAGGGAAUCAUUCGUUGUCUCAGUGGGCAAGCCUAAGAAGGGAGUCAUCUACCCAUCUACUCUGGAUUACGUCCCUUCAAGACCGACCUAUGUGAAAACAAAUCAAAAGGAGACCAUAACAGUUCCUCCAACAACAACAGCACCUGAACCCACCACAACAACUCCUGAACCAACCACGACCACUAUCACCACACCGACUCCCACCACUGCUUCCACCACUACACCUCCACCCCCUACUACCAAGGCUCGACCCGUUGUACAUAAAGUGAGGGAAGCAGGCAGCAUUCACCCAUACCUUGCCCAUGCGGCAGCUUCAAAUUCAAGACAGUCACAGAGUGGUCAAAGAAAGAGUCCCAGCCAAGUAUUCAGAGGAGGUUCCUAUUCACAUAGAUUUCCACAACGUGCCAGUGCAGGUAUACACAAACAAGAGCCAGGGCAGGCCGUCAGGAGGCAGCCAUCCUCACCAGUUGGCCCAGGUUUUAACAGGGUUCAGCCUGCCCAGCCUGAGCGAACUCCAACCAUGAGCCAGUCCAACCCUGCUUUACCCAGAAGGGAUUGGCCACUCCCCUCUUUUCCUCAUCCCGAUUGGUUCCCUGGAGCUCGACGACCAGCAGAUGUAAGUUAUGCAGCUCCAGACUCAGGAUACGCUUGGAGUGAGACCGGCACACCUGAGGUUACAGCUCGGGAUUACAGGCCUGAUAUCUCAGAAUAUGAGCGCUGGUAUUAUAACCUUGGACAAUACCUGCACCGAUCUGCUGACCCGGAUCGUAAAAUAAUGGAUACGGCCAACACUAAAGUGGAGCCGGUGGACGCCUGGAAUCCAGAAGCGCCACCUUAUGAAUUAGGCUUCAGUGUGAGGGAGCAAGAACCUCUCCGCAGAGCUCCUGAGCCUGUGUCACAGGGAAACCCAGAUUGUAAGGUGGACCUGGCCUUUCUGAUGGAUGGGAGCUGGAGCAUUGGGAAGCGGCGUUUUAAGAUCCAGAAAGACUUCUUAACUGAGGUGGCUCAGACCAUCAAUGUGGGUGUGGCCGGCCCCAUGAUGGGCAUCAUCCAAUACGGAGAUGACCCUGUGACAGAGAUCAGUCUGAAGACUCACUCCAGCUCCAGAGAGCUGAAAGCAGCCAUAGAUAAGAUUGUGCAGAAAGGAGGCCUCUCCAAUGUGGGAAAAGCCCUCCAUUACAUCAACAAGCACUACUUCAGCGAUGCCAAUGGAAACCGAGGAGGAGCUCCAAACGUGGCUGUGAUACUAGUGGACGGUUGGCCCACAGACAAGGUGGAAGAGGCGUCUCGACUCGCACGUGAGUCCGGCAUCAACAUCUUCUUCGUCACCAUCGAGGGUCCCGACGACAAUGAGAAGCAGAACCUUAUUGAGGCCAACUUUGUUGACAAGGCCGUGUGCCGGACGAACGGCUUCUUCUCGCUUCCCGUGAACAGCUGGUUUGCCCUGAGGAAAGCCGUGCAACCCCUGGUGAAGAGAGUGUGCGACACAGACCGCCUGGUGUGCAGCAAAACCUGCCUCAACGCCAACGACAUCGCCUUCGUCAUAGACGGCUCCAGCAGCGUGGGGACCGGCAACUUCCGCACGGUGCUGCAGUUUGUGGCCAACAUCACGCGGGAGUUCGAGAUCUCAGACACGGACACGCGGGUCGGGGCUGUGCAGUACACCUACGAGCAGAGGCUGGAGUUUGCCUUCGGCCAGUACAACAACAAAGCCGAGCUGCUGAACGCCAUCAAGCGCAUCAACUACUGGAGCGGCGGGACCAGCACCGGUGCUGCCAUCACCUACGCGGCAGAGCAGCUUUUCAGCAAAUCCAAACCCAACAAACGCAAGAUCAUGAUUGUCAUCACGGAUGGACGCUCUUAUGAUGAUGUCAGGGCGCCGGCACUGGCGGUCCAUCGCCAAGGUGUGAUUGCUUACUCCAUCGGCAUCGCCUGGGCAGCCCAGGAUGAGCUGGAGUACAUCGCCACAGACCCCGACAAGGAGCACUCCUUCUUCGUGGAUGAGUUUGACAACCUCUACAAAUUUGUACCCAAGAUCAUCCACAACAUCUGCCAGGAGUUCAACUCUCAGCCCAGAAACUGAGGACGUACGUGCCGAGAGGCCGAUCCGGAUCCGAGGCUUUAGUAACAGAGCACUGCUGGUAAAUUUACUCACUCUGUCGCCCAGAUGGCAGUGCUGGAUUGGCUGCAGUGCCCCAUAUUUGAAGAGGGAGGGGUUUGAAUGUAGGUGGGGUCAAAAAUAAAUGAAAAAGAAUUUUUAUCCCAAAUAUUCAGAUGGUGCUAAUGUUAAAGGAUUGGCACGCACUGUGACAAACUGACAUCACAGCUGUAGUGUGGUGCCAGCUGUUUUCUGUCUGGAGACAAGUAUUUAACAGUUGGAAUAGCAUCAGUAAGUCACCCAUUAUAAAGGCUUUAUAAGUUGCUACUUGUCUUAUUAAUGCUAGAAAAUGUACUAAGGCUUUACAGAAUGCCUAAUCUUUCAUACUUGGUAUGCAAGAAAUCUGUUUGCAAGCAAGCAUGGCUACAGGGUAGAUUUUAAUCCAUCUAGGUGCAAGUACAGCAAGAAGGUUGAAAACAUGAAAAGGUGAAGUGCGAUGUCCCAGUUUUAUGCAUACUACAUGCAAAAGUAGCAAGUGGGCAAGCACAGACAGCGAGCCAAGCUGGAAAGAACAAGCCAGGAUUUGGGUUGCCAGGUUGUGAUAUUUCCUCCUAGAUGGCGCUUAUCUCAUUUAGCAUAAAACUUUUGUCAAACAAGAAAAAAGCUGCACAACAAACGCUUCAAUUAGCAAGUUCUCCAUGUUAAGUAAAUAUUUAAUAAUCUAAAAUUGUGACCUCAAACUUAUAAAAGGCAUAAAAGGAUAGAAAAAGACCAUUUCCACUGCUUGUCAGGCCUAAUGUUAUGUUUAAAACUGGGCAUUAGUACGUUAUUCAUUAACAUUAGUGUAGCGCUGUUUGUAUGACUUGUAGUGCCUUUUUGAAGGGUGACUUAGUGGGAAAUAAACAUAGUGUAAGACUGUCUCUCUGGGGUAUGGUGCUUGCAGAGAAAUGUAGAGUUAAAGCAUGCCUAGCACUUCCUCUUAUGGCUUAAAAACCUUCAUAAACCUAAUAGUGUGGUGCUUUUUACAAUUCUCUGUAAAGAGAAAAUACUGUAUUAGAAUUGGUGCAUUUUAAUCUUCCUAAUAGGAGAGAUUUGAUCGUAGGAACAUUGUUUGAGUUCCUAAGAGACUAAGGUGCUGAGAUGAUUUUUACAUGCAACCAAAAAGUGGAGGUGAAAGGCAAAGCAACAACACGGAUGUGGACUUGUGUGAAAAGUAAGCUUGUUUAUCUUUGUAUAGAGUGACGGCAGAUCCCAAAUCUGCUUCUUAUCAGGAAUAAAAGCAACUCAUGUUAAUCUUUAUUUUCUAACAGUGCUUGCUUCUAAUAUUGCAGUUUUGUUGGAAGAGUAUUUAUGAUUUUAUCAUUCUUACGCCCCGUUUGUACAUAUGCAUAUUCAAGAAGCCUAUCACUAAUAAUGUUCAGAUUAAUCGGUAUUUUUUGGGCAAUUUUUAAUAAAAUAAAGAAAACGAAGAGAA